UUAAUUUCACUAAAAUAGGUGCAAGCUGAAAGGAUUUACUUCAUAUGGCACUAAAACUUACAUAUUGUCUAAAACACCAUGCACAUUCCUUUGGGAUAUAAAUAUCAAUCUGAUUAGCAAGCAGGUCUUGUCAGCCACAGUAACUUAUCCCCUGGGGUAUCUGAACCAUCACGUGCCUCUAGGACUUCUUUAAAAGGUCAAGAGGACUUAACUGAGGUCUAUAUAAGUCAUUCUCUAUGUCAUUUGAAAAAGAAUUAAGUCAAGAGGACUCUGCAGAUCUUUUGCCUGACAAUAUUUUCUGUUCUUGGCCUGGGGAAAAUUAAGUGGCCAGGUGAGUUCAAUCUUUCCUCUGGAGCUUUAGAAGACAUCACAAUAAUUCACACAAAAAAUGCAUGGAAAUAACCAAAGAUGCCCAAAUGCCAGAGAGGUCUACAAAUACAUUUGGCUUUGUCCUCAGCUUGUACACCUGAAGAUUUAACUGGAAAUACCAGUGACUCAGAUGCACGAUGUGUAUCUGAACCAAAGGAUGGAGCAGUUGGCUCCUGCAGGGCAGCACUUCUGCUCUGCCCUGGGACCUGGGCUCAGCUUGGGGCCACCUCCACAGCUGAGAGAGUAAGAGCAGUGGCAACUCCACCCAACAGUAUUUUUCAUUUUGCAGCAUUCUUGAUAUGGCUCUUUCCAGUAUCCUGACAGAAGCGGAAAUUGCUGCUGGUCUACAGAGCUGUCAAGCCGCUGAUUCAUUUGAUUACAAAACCUUUUUUAUCAAAGUGGGUCUCAACUCCAAGUCCAAAGACCAAGUUGCCAAAGUUUUUGGAAUUCUUGACCAGGACAGGAGUGGCUUUAUUGAAGAAGAAGAACUUAAACUUUUCCUGAAGAAUUUCUCAGCCAGUGCCAGAGCUUUGACUGACGCUGAGACCAAGGCGUUCCUGGCAGCAGGGGACAGUGAUGGAGAUGGUAAAAUUGGAGUGGAUGAGUUUCAAGCACUGGUCAAAUCGUAGCCAGCAGUCAAGAUAAAGACCAAGAUGUACAUGCCAUAAACAAUCUUUCUUAUUGCAAACCUACCAUCUAUUUACAUAUUUGUAUCCUGAAAGGUAAUGACAAAUUGUUGGCAAGUGGUUUCUUAUUGCUGGAAUACAUCUGAAGUGGUACAAGCAAUACUUAAGCCAUGCUGCCAGGUGUUUUAAGCAAAAGGUCUAUGCCACUGAGGGACUGAACUGGAAUCCACGCCUCAAAUCUGAAUUUAGGGCAUUAAAGAUACAAACAUAAAUAUUAAGAGGAGAAAUUGAAAGCAUCUCUGUGGGCCAUUGAAUUUUCAAUAUUUGCAUAAAUAAAUUAAAAAAACCUAGAAUUAAUAAAAUAUCCAGGUGUAAAAUGUUUAUGGUAAGUGGUAGCAGUGGUAUUUAAUCAAGAGGCAUUUCAAUAUUCAACAUGUUUUUCUGUCAUUCUUUAUGCAAGUGAUUGUGUUUCAGAGACUAAGUAUAUUGCAGAACCUUGCACUAACUAAGUCAUCAAUUAAAGAUCAGUUGGAUCCAGGAGGAAUUUAGAUUACUGAAAUAGCAAUACAUUCAAAAUUCCCCAAGGAAUCCCUCACCUUCAUGCCCACCCGAUGGCACUAUUGUUCCACUGCUAAAACAAUGUUCUGUGUGCUCAAAUGGAUUCCAGCAACUCCUCGUGUCCCACCUGCCACUUCUGCAAAAAGCACUUCAAACAAACAAGUCCCCAGUGCUCCAUAAGAGCAAAUGGGGGAAUGCUGCCUAAAUAAUCAGCAUUCUGCUGCUUUUCUCCUCAGCACUGAGAAUAACAUGAUGCCCACACCUCACCGGGUUGUAAAAUGCAUCAAUGUUUGUGAGGGAGGUAUAAUAAAAUGAAUAAAAUGAAUAAAAAAUGCUAAGAAAUUAAUAUCUUUUUUCUUUACAGACAUAUUGAAAUAGCAAGACAGACAUAAGAAUGGGGAGAAUGCAAAAUUCUGAGUAGUUUCUCAUUAAUUGAAGUUAAUUUUGUGCACUAGGUUAGGGUUCUGGUUGAAAAGCGUGGGCAUGAUGAUGUCACCACAAUUUUGCCAUAGUAUAAACACACAGAGCAAUCAAACUGGGCUACAAAAAUGAACUUAUUGCUAAUAGUACCUAAUGAAACACUGCAGUGUAUCAGGCUUUUGUCUUAGAUAUAUGACCAUAAUAAACACAACCAAACAGCCUUUUAAAAAUCUAGAUGGCUUUAACCAUCCCAAACAUUAUACUUGCAACACUACAGUUGCUCCUAAAUACUCUUUGAAAUAAAUUUGGAGCUCUUGAAAAGUCUUUUCUUGGACAAUAAUCUCCCAAAAACUGGUAUGAGUGUUUCAUACUGUAUUUGUUGGAUCUAUUUAAGAAGAUAUUUCAAUAUUUGCAGAUCAAAAAACUUAAUUUCAAAAUUGCUUGAUGAUGUUAUUGUGGUUCUGAUGCACAACAUAUUUAUGAUAAGACAUCAUGGAGAAGGAAGGAAAUAUCAAUACAUUGUUGGGGAAAUCAUCAUAUUACACAAAGUUAAGGCAAUCUACAAGACCAAUGAAAACUCAAUAAUGUGUUCAUGCUCUAUACAUUAGCCAAAACUAUAUUUCCAUUAACUCUAAUGAAUGAAUCAGGGCCUAAUAUUGUAGAAUUUUCUGUAAGAGUGAACAAAGAAUUAUCCAUCAAGCAAAUUGACAUUCAUUACUUCAAUGUCAUCUCAGGACAGCAAUUAAAAAAGGAAAAUUUGCAGAAUUAAUAACUGCAGCCUGACCGCAGGGCUAAAAGCUCUCAUUAUUUUCAGAAAAUGCUUUGUUUCUCAGCUGAUACUAUAUUUUAUGUUUUCAUCAUGCAAUAUGGCUUACCCAGACAUUUUCAAGCAUUGCACCAACAUUAAUGGCUAAAUAAGAGAGAAAGGCACAGACAGCUCAGAUAACUUCUGAGAUAGCAGGCAGCUCCUUUAUUUAACUACACUUACUUCCACCCUGAUUAGCCUGCUAGGCCUACAAAUCUAAGACAAUUUCACCACUUACCAUUCCAUUAAGAACAGUAAAAAAUUCAUGACAAGGUAAGUCUGGUAUCAGCUUCAGUGAUCACUCCAGAAAGUUAAGAUGAGCUUGUGACUAGACAGGUUUUUAGACCUUUCCUUCUUCCAGCAUUACCAAUAGGCAGAUCAGAGGAGAAAAUGCUGUUUUCUUUGCACAAGAAUAUAUUCACUCACCUUCUUUUCCUCUCUGCCUCUCACUCACACGGGCUGUCAGGCACUGUAAAAUUUCUGUAACUACUUACCAUGGGAUUUAAGAAAGCUCUUCAAAUUGUGCCUCAGCUGGAAAUACUGCUGCCUGAUCACAAACACACAUUCUCAAACAGCUCCCUUAGAGCAAAGAACAUUGUGCUGGAAUCAGACAUUUGGAGGUCUGAGACCCUUAAUAUGGGAUUGCCUCUUGUCAGUAGAAUUUUGUCACAUGCUUGGUACAUGUGUUUUAACAGUUUGUCUGAAUCUCCUUUCUUUAGGCCAUUUCUGCUAAACAAGCGACUUUUGACGAUGUUUAUGAUAAAGUUAACUCUGAUUACAGAGUAAUUUUACUUCAAACCUCACUAAGGGUUACACAUCCUCCUACUGCUGAAAUUAAUGGCCAAACUCCCACUGAAAUCAAUGAGGACAGGCAGUGAAUACAGAAGUAGUUGUACUUCAGUGCUAUUU